CAAAUGUAGACGACGAUGUGAGAGAUUAACACACUUAUUAUUCACGAAAGAAAUAUUAAUGAAACAAUAAUAAAAGCGUGUGUGAAAUAUCUUGAUAAACUUCACAAUGUCGGUGCACUAUAAAUUUAAAAGUACACUUCAUUUUGAUACAAUCACGUUUGAUGGACUGCACAUUUCUGUUGGUGACUUGAAAAGGGAAAUUGUACAGCAGAAAAAGUUGGGCAAAAUUAUAGAUUUCGAUCUCCAAAUAACGAAUGCCCAAAGUAAAGAAGAAUAUAAAGAUGAUUCCUUUUUAAUACCAAAAAAUACUACCCUCAUUAUAUCGCGCAUACCAAUAGCCCAUCCAACAAAAAAAGGCUGGGAACCACCAGCAUCUGACAAUGCUUUUUCCAGCGCUCCUACCAAUAAACAAGAUAAUUUUAAUAUGGAUCUAUCCAAAAUGCAGGGAAGUGAAGAGGAAAAAAUACAAGCAAUGAUGAUGCAGAGCACUGCGGAUUAUGAUCCCAAGACAUAUCAUCGCAUCAAAGGGCAAUCACAAGUUGGCGAAGUACCAGCCUCAUAUCGUUGUAAUAAAUGCAAAAAAAGUGGCCAUUGGAUUAAGAAUUGUCCCUAUAUAUUGGGAAAAGAGCAGUAUGAAGUUAAACGGAAUACUGGAAUUCCGAGAUCGUUUAGAGACAAACCCGAUAUGGCAAUGGAUCAAGAUUCGUCAAAAUUUGUGUUGCCUGUUGAGCAAAAUCAAGAGAUACCAGAAGAUUUAAUCUGUGGAAUAUGUCGGGAUAUAUUUGUUGAUGCUGUUAUGAUACCAUGUUGUGGCAGUUCAUUUUGCGAUGAUUGUGUACGCACAUCGUUGCUAGAGUCUGAGGAUAGCGAAUGUCCUGAUUGCAAGGAAAAGAACUGCUCUCCAGGAUCUUUGAUCCCAAAUCGUUUUUUAAGAAAUUCUGUUAACGCUUUUAAAAGUGAAACUGGAUAUACACUGAAAACUGAUAAAAAAGUCGAAAAACCACCAGUUGAGACGACAACCACUGUGGUUGCUGUUCAACCUUCUAGCACUGACAAGGUGGAAGCAAAACCAGAGCCAGAAUCUUCAAAUGUCAAUGGAGGCGAGGAGAAUGGAAAAAGUGUUCCUUCGGCAUCAACAAACAAAGUUGUUGAACAGUCACAAAAAGAAAAAGAGAAAGAAAAGAAUGAUUCGGACUAUGAGGAUAAUAUAACAAUUAAAAUGCCUCAAAAAAUAGAAGAUACCACACCAGCCUUAGCACCCAAGGUUAUACAACCAUAUAUAGGAAGUAAACCAUCUGGUGACUCCGUUCCCCAUAGACGCGAACAGAACCAAGAAUUUAUGAUGGAUCAUGAUAUGAAACCAAGGCCACCGCCACCCAAAAUGGAAGGCGUCAAACAUCACGAAAGAAGCCUGCUACCGACACCUGUUGGACUUCAUCAAAACUUUCAAUGUCAUGUUGUGAACGAACCAGAAGAUACUCAUCGAAUUGGCGUCUAUAAGCAGCCACCAUAUAUUCAGGCUCCCCGUUUACCACCGUUGCAUAUGGUAGGACAUCAAAUGCCGCCAUACAAUAAUGGAUAUAAUAACAUGGGUCAACGCCCUCCCAUGAACUUUGUUCCCUACCAACCCCAAAAUGUACAUUCCAUACGUCCAUCAUUUGAACCUACUGGAAAUAUAAAUAUCAAUCCAAUGCAAAGAUUUCAAUCACCAAGCUUGGCGUCGAUUUACCAAGGAGUUGCAGCUAAAGUUGGUUCCGGGCUCAUUGACGAUCCACUUGAAGCCUUCAACCGAAUUAUGAAAGAAAAGGAAAGACAAAAGGAGGAUCGUCGCCGUACUUCAGAUCAUCAUCGAUCCAGAUCUCCUGAAAGACUGCGUCAUCGCUACAAGUCGCCAGCAUAUGAUAAGAAUCCACCGAGGGACCUCAACUUUAAGGAGAAACGACCAAGGUCCCGGGAUAGGAAGCGUGAAUAUAGUCAUGAAAGAAGACCAGCUGCUCGGGUUAUGCGUCAUGCGUGCAACGGAUCAAAAUCGCCUAAUGACAAAAACAAGAGAUCUGGACAUCGGCGUUCUCCCUCACCCAGGGUCGGAUAUAAACCAGAUUUUAAGGAAAAGCAGCCUCACAACAAGCCAUAUGGAUCAAAAAUGGAGCCAGUUGAGCCGCCACCUCCAGGUUUCGAAUCUUCACACAUAACUGACAAUGAGGUUUAUAAAAAGCAUAAUAAAAAUAGUCCAGAAGUACCAAUAAUCAAGCAUGUACGCGGAAGUCAGAGCAUUGAAGAUGAUAUUGUUCCGAGAAAGCGUCACAGGUCUAGCAGCAAGAGCAGAGAUUCAAAAAUAAUCGAUAAUUGUUAUCGAAGUCCCACACCACCUCCCAAAUCAGCUUUUAUAGAUGACUCCUAUAAGCAGGUUUCAAACUCUCCAAAGACUCCAGAAAAAGUGAAAAAUCCAUAUGUCGAUGCAAAAAUGCUGUCAACUUCGCCAAGAUUGAAUCUUGAUAUUCUAGAGGCAUGUAACACAUUGGGAAAGGAAAAUAAGAUUAAACUUAAUUUGCAGUUAAAGGAGCGUAAGAAAAAGAAGAAGGACAAAUCAGAGCGUAAGAAGAACAAGAAGGAUAAGAAAGAGAAGAAAGAUAAAUCGAAGAAGGGAUAUUCUCCAGAUACUGAAAUAGCUGCACAAUGCUCAACCGAACGACAAUCUGCAACAUUAAAUGUGCUUGGCAAAAACAACUCCAAACCAGAUACUGACAUAGGUCAUGGAGAAUUAUCAAAUGAAAUAAACCAAAAUAUUUCGGAAAGCAUGAAGCCUGAUCAGCUUAAAAAUUAUUCGAUUUUGGAUAUAGAGGGACGCGAAGAGAUAAACAAUGUGGCGAAGUUUGACGCUAUACAAAUGUCGAAAUGGGAAUUGGAGGACAAUAAUCUAAGCGCUAAUAUAUCCGAUCCUUUUAAAAAGCUUACGAAUGCCAAUGCUGAGGACAAUUCUGAAAUAACUUCCGAUGUUCUUCGCAAAGCAGAGAAUGCGAUAUUUGCUAAAGCUAUAAAUGCAAUAAGACCAGUGGAGUUUCAAGUUGUAAUCAAUUCCAAGGGUAGUAGCAAAGACCGUUCCGUUUCAAUUAAAAGUGAUCCCAAAGAUCGUGGACAUUCUCCGAAGCGUACAAGUAGUAAAUCAGUGAAAGAUAGACUCGGUAGUAAAGUUGUUCAUGAUAGAAAUUAUUCACCAGAUCGAUCAAGGGGGGAGAAGCGGGAUGAGCGAGAGAAGCGGGAUGAGCGAGAGAAGCGAGAUGAGCGAGAGAAGCGAAAUGAGCGAGAGAAGCGAGAUGAGCGAGAGAAGCGAGAUGAACGCGAGAAGCGAGAUGAACGCGAGAAGCGUGAUGAACGAGAGAAGCGAGAUGAACGCGAGAAGCGAGAUGAACGCGAGAAGCGUGAUGAACGCGAGAAACGUGAUGAACGCGAGAAGCGUGAUGAGCGAGAUCGAAGAGAAGUUUCUGGGAAAAGUGUAGAUAAUGAAGAUAGGCACAGAUCCAAAUCAGACCACUAUGGCAAGAAGAAGGAAAGGCAUUCAAGGGAGCGUAGUUCGCCUAUAGAUAAAAGGCAUUCCAGUCAAAGUCGAAGAGCUCGUCCAUCUGAUGACAGCCGGGACCAGGCUUAUAACGAAAGUAAUAGAAAUAAUCGCGAUUUCAGAGAUAGGGCCAAAGGUAAAUAUGAUAAAAAGUCUUCUGAUGAUUCGGGUAGGAAUGAUAAUAGAAAUCAGCCACAAGCAGAUGGUCGUAAUACAUCGUCGAUGGCAAGACCUUCCUCGAGACCACGUCGCAUAGAUAAUCCAUUUCGAAGCAAUCCAUCGAAUAGUUUGGGGUUGAAAUAUGAUGAUGUCUUGCAGCAUGAGGAUGGACUUCAAUCUAAUAAUGAUUACAAUUCUGAUGAUAAAUCUGACCAAAAGAAACGCAAGGAGAAGAAACUUAAGAAACGUUUGAAAAGUUCUUCAAUGGAAUCUAUAAAAAGCGAAAAGCGCAAAAAACUAAAAAGUAAAAAAAAUAGUAAGAUAUUGAAAAAAACAAAAAAAUCCAAAAAAUAGCUGACAGGGCAGGUAAAUUAUAAAUGAAGGCUUUCAUAACAUUGAAAUUCAUUAUGUACAAAAAUGUU